AACCUGGACACAAACACCAGGAGAGGCUGGAGUUGACCGCUGAAACCCACAAGGAGAACUGGACUAAACCUGGACUCACAUAGACUAAACCUGGACCCCCCUGGACUCACCUGGACCCACCUGGUCUCACCUGGACCCCCCUGGUCUCACCUGGACUCACCUGGACCCACUUGGUCUCACCUGGACCCACCUGGACUAAACCCGGACUCACGUAGACUAAACCUGGACUCACCUGGACCCACCUGGGCUCACCUGGACCCACCUGGUCUCACCUGGACGCACCUGGACCCCCCUGGACUCACCUGGACCCCCCUGGUCUCACCAGGACGCCCCUGGUCUCACCUGGACCCUCCUGGUCUCACCAGGACCCCCCUGGACUCACCUGGACCCCCCUGGACUCCUCCUGCUCCCCCUCUUCUGCUGAGGAUGUUUUCUUGUCCUUCGAGCGUCUCACUCUGUGGCUUUUAUCGUUGCUUUUCAUCGUAGUCGUGCGUUAAAAACACUUUGUUUUUGUUGUGUUUCUCUUUUAUUUCUUUGCAUUUUCAUAAACAUCCUUUCUAAACUCUAUUCAUCAUAGAAACAGAUUUAAAUCAAUGUAAGAUCAAAAAGUUUCAGCGUAAGAGGACGAGAACGAUGCUUUUAUGGCCUGAGAACGACACGACGAUCCAAACCGCAGAAGAAGAAAAAGAGGCGGUCCUUCAUCCUGCUCCACCUCCUGUUACCAUGACAACUUCCACCAAUGACCAACCGGAGGCGCCGCCCACCGAUCGGGACAUGACCUCCGACUCGGGGGAGGAGACGGCGGAGGCGCUGUCGGACUCGGCCCGGGAGGAGUUACCUUGGCAACGGAAGGAGGAGGAGGAGCACGACGAGGAGAUGCAGGCGGUGGCGUCAUCUCCGGACGGACGCUUCCUGAAGUUCAACAUCGAGAUCGGACGCGGAUCCUUCAAAACGGUUUAUAAAGGACUGGACACUGAGACGACGGUGGAGGUGGCCUGGUGCGAACUACAGACUCAUCGUCUGACGAAGUCGGAGCGUCAGCGUUUUGGUGAAGAAGUGGAAAUGUUGAAGAACCUGCAACAUCCGAACAUCGUCCGCUUCUUCGACUCCUGGAAGUCGACGCUGAAGGGACGGAAAUGCACCAUCCUGGUGACGGAGCUGAUGACGUCAGGGACCCUGAAGACGUACCUGCGUCGGUUCCGUCAGAUGAAGCUGAAGCUGCUUCAGCGCUGGAGUUUCCAGAUCCUGAAGGGUCUGCAGUUCCUCCACUCCCGUUCCCCCCCCAUUCUCCACCGAGACCUCAAGUGUGACAACGUGUUCAUCACCGGACCCACGGCGUCCGUCAAGAUCGGAGACCUGGGACUCGCCACGCUCAAGAAGGCCUCGUUCGCAAAGAGCGUCAUCGGGACCCCAGAGUUUAUGGCUCCGGAGAUGUAUGAGGAGAAGUACGAUGAGGCCGUGGACGUCUACGCCCUUGGAAUGUGUAUCCUGGAGAUGGCCACGUCUGAAUAUCCAUACUCUGAGUGCCAAAACGCCGCCCAGAUCUACCGCAAGGUCACCAAUGGAAUCAAACCGGACAGUUUCUUCAAAGUCAUAGUUCCAGAGCUGAAGGAAAUCAUUGAAGGCUGCAUUCGGACCAACAGCAGCGAGAGGUUCACCAUCCAGGACCUGCUGGACCACCGGUUCUUCCAGGAGCAGCUCGGCGUCCAUGUGGAACUGGCCGAGGACGACGACGGGUCGAAGACGGCGCUGAAGCUGUGGCUCCGCAUGGACGCCAACAAGAAGCUCCAGGGGAAGUACAAAGACAACAACGCCAUCGAGUUCCUGUUCGAGAUGUACAAGGACGUCCCAGAGGAGGUGGCCCAGGAGAUGGUCGUCCUGGGUUUCGUCUGCGAGGCCGACUAUAAAGUUGUUGCCAAGGCGAUCAGACAUCGGGUGUCGGCCAUAAUGCGUCAGAGGGAGAAACAGCGCCGCCUACAGGAGGAGUCUGACCCCGCCCCCCAACAACCACAACCCGCUAAUCAGACAUCUGCGUCAAACAUUGCCACAGCUGGGACAACAGCCAAUCAGGUUCAGGAGGAUGUCACAGCAGAUGCAUCACCUGUUCCCUGGAUACAGGCUCCGCCCACAGCGUCAAACAGCCCGGUGGAUUCUGGGAUCAGCAGCGUCUCCUGUCGGACAGAAGGAGACGAGGACGAAACGACCAAGACGGAGACGAAGAUGGACGACUCAGCUCCACGUGUCUCAGUGGAUGUGGAGGCCCCACCCCCUCCGGUCACUAGCCCCGCCCCUGUCAUCAGUCUUCUGACUCCUCCUCCGGCAGCAGUCAGACGAACUAAACCUCCUCCACUUCCUGUUCUGCGUUUUCCGAAGAGCAUCGCCGUGUCCCAGAAUGCAAAGCGGUCUUCAGGAUCAGUCCGCAGCUUCUCCUCACCUGUCGACAGCGCCGCCUCCGACGUAACCUCGGGUCUGAGUGACUGUAACGAGGGCCAAUCGGAGUGGAGCGGCCAGGAGGCGGGCACACGGGCGGCAUCGAAGCAGUUCCGAAGGCGGGCUCGGGCCCGGCUGAGGAUGACGGGCCUGUUGGACCCGGCGGACCGCGUCGUAGAGUGUCAACUGGAGACGCACGACAGCAAGAUGGUGACCUUCAAGUUCGACCUGGACGGAGACAACCCAGAGGACAUCGCCUCGGUGAUGAUCCACAGGGACUUCAUCCUGCGCUCCGAGUGUGACGGCUUUAUCCUCCGCAUGUAUGACAUCAUCAAGAGAGCAGAGUCUAUGAUCCACCAGAAACUGGGGGACACAGACAGGUCAUCACACUUGACGUCACCCAGUCUACCGGAGCCCCAGUCCAGCGGGUCCAGACCCGUGUCGGGUCCUGGGUCGGGUCCUGGGUUGGGUCUUGAUCUGUCCAGGACUCUGUCGUCGUCUUCUCUACCAGACAUUACAGACGAUAACCCCUCCCCCUUGAAGAGCGUUGACUUCCAUGUUGACCCUGAGGCCACGCCUCCUGUCAGGCCACUGAGGUCCCAGUCCUUUCACACGUCCUCAGGCUCCUCCCAUCAGCCCCCCCAGUACCCUUACCAGUACCAGUACAUGGACUCCACCCCUCUGGCCCUUCCCCCUCAGUAUCGUCUGCCUUCUCCUCCUUACUCUGCCUACACCACUUCCUUUCCUUCUCCGAGCCCCAAUCCCUCCGCUCCUGCCCCUCCUGCCCCUCCUGCCCCUCCUGCCCCUCCUGCCCCUCCUCCUCAUUGGCCAACCCCUGAUCAGCCUCUCUUCUCAUUGGCUAACGUCUUCUCACUGGCGAUGAGUGUAGCCCAGACCUUCAUGCCUCCACCCGGGACCUCCAACCAGGGCUUUCACCCCCUCACCCAGACCCUUGCCCCCCCGUUCUCCUCCCCCCAGACCCCUCCCAUGUCUCCCUCCUCCCACCGCCCUCCCACUAACUUCCCCUACAGCCCGCCCACUGUUCAGACAGGCUCCGCCUCUAGCAGUCAGCAGGUGGAGCCGUCAGGCCAAAGGGACUCACCUCAGCCUUAUGGUCCAUUUCAGAGGACGUUUGGCUCCACUUCGCCCCCUUACGGUACAGGCACUGUCACCACUACCAGUACCUCCAGUCCAGGUGUGACCGGUACCCCGGGUCCAGGUGUGACCGGUACCCCAGGUCCCGGACAGGAGUUCUCUGAAUCCAACCUCCAACACAAAGUGUCUCCCCCAGUGUCCCUGUCCCCCACACUGUCCCCCAGACUGUCCCCCAUAGCUGAAGUGAACAAACUUCCAGCCUUCACCGUCGGCCGCUUCCAAGUCAGUCCCUCCAAAGAUGUCCGCGCUGUCCAUCACCCAGAACCCCGCCCUCUCAGCCAGGCCACGCCCACUGCCCAUUCCCCACCUCCCUUCAGGCCCGACCAAUCGGAGACCUCCACCAGUAGCAGCAGCAGCAGCACAGAAGAGGAGAGCCAAUCAGAGGCCAGCGUCAACACGGUGACAGUCUCCCCAACCAAUCAGGCUCCUGGUUACCAUGACAACACAGAGGAUGAAGACAGGAAGAGGGGUGGGGGGCGGAGGCUGAGCGUGAGCCUGUGGGAGGGGUCUACCAGCUUCAGCCAAGCGUGGAACCGCUACGCAUCGCACAUCAGCUCUGACGAAUCAGACAGCGACGACGAGGACAUGUGGGAGGAGCUUCAGGAGCUGCGUGACAGACACCUGGCGGAGGUGCAGAACCUACAGACCAAUCAGAAGCGAGAGAUUGAGCAGCUGUACAUGCGGAUGGGUAAAGUCCCGCCCCCUGGCAUUGUACCUCCGGCAGCCAUGUUGAACCACCGUCAGCGCCGCCUUUCCAAGACCGGAAACUAUCCUCCUGUCCGCAAAAACAGCCUGCAGAGGCUGGAUGUACCGCCCCCCGCAGGCAUCAUGAGGACGGGCUCCGGCAGCAGCAGUGGCUCUCUGGACAGACCUGGGAAAGGUGUGACCUUUGCCCCUGAACACACGAUGAGACCAGGUUCACCUGAAACCUGCACGUUUACCCAGGAUGCAUCUGUCCCUGACUGGUAGAAGCUCCGUCAGGUCUGGGACGAGGAUCGACCUUUAGCUCCGUAGUCCUAAACAUGAACAGUGAAUCCAUAAUGUUAACCAAACCUUCAUCAGCUCCGUUUGUUUUUAUUGCAGUGAAAAUGAACUUGAUGACCAUCGACGAUGAUGAAGAUGAAGAAACCACGUGUCACUUUACUUCAACGACCUUUGACCUCUGACCUUUGGUUCAGACAGAUUUAAACGGGUCAUGUUCUGUGUUUGGUGUGAAUCCAUUUAUGACGUAGUUUUCUGUGUGAUGUGAACAAACCUCUUGUAUAUGGAGGGCUGAACCUGCCAUACUGAAAAAUAUAAACAAAUAUAAAAAUGGCUAAAAACUUCAUUUCUGUACCAUUUAUUGAUCUAUUUUGUCCUUUUUUUUAUAGUUUUCCUUAUUUAAUUUUUAACCCUUCAUUUAUUUCUGCUUUGCUUUGUAUUUACAUUUUCUUUAUCUCUUUUCUUGUUUAUUUCUAUAUUUUAUUUUCAUCUGACAUCUUAUUAAUUUAUUGUCAUUUUUUAUUCACAGUCAUAUUUACCUCUUCAGUAUUCCCCUUUUGCAUUUUAUUCCUUUGGAAACCAAUGCAGAAAUAAACAUUUACAUUUUCUUCCUCUAUGUAUUUUGAAAAUGUAAAUAGAAAGCAACACAGAAAUAAAUACAGGGACAAAAAUUAAAUAGGGAAAACUAUAAAUAAGGACAAAAUAGAUAAAUAAA